AUGAGUCCCCUAAAGAAACUCAUUCUUCUGAUCCUCUUUAUCUCUUUUAUGGUGUUUGUAGCCUUUUUUGGCCGAAUACCUGCUCUGAGACGAACGCCUAUAGCCGCACUGCAUAGUAACAUGAUGCUACAUGAGCGACACUGGACUGUUGUGAUUUUCUUCAUGCUCAUUAUGGUUGUGGGCGAGUAUAUGUUUCUUCCUCAAGCGUGGCCAAAGAUUGGAUCUUUCACGAAACUCAUUGUCGUGGUCACCGUGUUUCUACCCUACCUAUUUCUCUACCUGGCAUGUGCUGCUGAUCCAGGCUACAUCACACCUGAAAAUCACGCCUAUUACAUGUCGCUCUAUCCCUACGACCACACACUUUUCCACCCGGGGCACAUGUGUCGUACGUGCAAGUUUCUUAAGCCUGCUCGUUCCAAGCACUGCAGCCUAUGCAAACGUUGUGUUGCCAAGGCUGACCAUCACUGCGUCUUCAUAAACUCAUGUGUUGGCUACGGAAACCAGCACUGGUUCAUAUUGCUACUGAUCUCUACUGCAUUUCUGUGCACAUAUGGUGGCUUUCUUGGAUUGUCUAUUAUUACGGUACGAGUUCAGAGGUACGCCCCUGGCUGGUCUGUAUGGAAACCUCGAGGUAUGACAGUCAGUCAAUAUUUGGCUGGUUGGGGUUGGGGCAUUCAAGACAACGUCAAUAUGGGGGCCUCAUCCCUCCUUGCAGCUCUGACGUCUCCAUUGGUUUGGGGGCUACUUCUAUACACACUUUAUCUCGUUUACUGUGGUACUACGACAAACGAAACCCUCAAAUGGUCGGAUUGGAAAGAAGAUAUGCGUGAUGGUUUUGCAUUUCGUCGCUCGAUGCCAAUAAAUCGCCAGAAGAACGAACGAGCUGAGCCUCGCUUCACGCGCUGGCCAGUCGAGGUCCAACAGAUUAUCGUCACUACUCAGGAUGGACAGCCCCCAAACGAUGAGCUUCGAUAUCCUGGAGAAGGCGAAUGGGAGAGAGUUUGGAACUUGAGCGAUGUCGAGAACUUAUACGACAUGGGACUAUGGGAUAAUUUGGUCGAUAUAUUUGUCCGUGACUAUGGAUUUGGGAACAAAAAUGACGAACCCAAUGCCGAGAGAUGGCGCAGGCGGUGA